GCCCCCGGGCAGCGAGGGGAGCAGCCCGGCAGGAGGAUCCAGGAGCCUCCCGGCGCAGGACUGAAGUGAGAAAAAACCCCAACCCGUGUUUCAAAUUCCCCUCUCUGACAUCGAAUUCAAAGCCAGACCUCCAUGGGCUUCCAAUAAGUCUGGGGCUGCCUCUUCUCUCUUUCCAUUCUGGGAACCUACAUUAGUGCGCAGGCUGGUGGCCGGCAUAGCCCAGUGAGUCGCCAUGAACGCGCAUCCCCGUCGCAUCCGCCUGAAGCCCUGGCUCAUCGCCCAAGUGAACAGCAACCAGUACCCAGGCCUGCAGUGGGUGAACCCCGAGCGGAAGCUCUUCUGCAUCCCCUGGCGCCAUGCCACCCGGCACGUCCCCACGCAGGACGACGAGAACACCGUGUUCAAGGCCUGGGCCAAGGAGACCGGCAAGUACAACGAAGGGGUAGAUGAGCCGGACCCAGCCAAGUGGAAAGCCAACCUGCGCUGCGCCCUCAACAAGAGCCGCGAGUUCAAGCUGAUCUACGACGGCACCAAGGACACACCCAUGCAGCCCUACAAGAUCUACGAGGUGUACGAGGGCCACCAGCCCAAUGGAGACUCGCUGGCCGGGGACGAUCACAGCUGUUGCCCGGGGGAGGAGGAGGAGGAGCUGCAGAAAAUGACGACGCUGACGAUAGCGGAUCCCAGCCAGGGCGUGGAGCCGCUCCCCUCCUACGUGUGGCCGAAGCAGGAAGUCCCGUAUCCCAACCCCUGCGGGAACAGCUCCUUCCCCCCACUGGGCGCCCGGGAACUCCUCCACCCGGACGUGUCGGCGCCGCCGCCUCCCGCCGCUGGCGCCUUCGCAGCAGGGGAGCUGCCCGCUCAGAGCCCGGCUGGGAGCAUGCCGCUGCAGCCCAUGGAACAGUUCAUCCCAGACCUGCUCAUCAGCCCGCACAUGCUGCCACUGACCGACCUGGAGCUCAAGUUCCACUACCGCGGGCGGCAGGCCAGCUCCCUGACCAUCAGCAACCCCCACGGGUGCCGGCUGUUCCACAGCAGCCUGGAGCCCACGCACGAGCAGGUGGAGCUCUUCGGGCCCGUGACGCUGGAGCAGGUGCGCUUCCCCAGCACCGAGCACAUCCCCAACGAGAAGCAGCGCUUCUACACCCACCAGCUGCUGGACGUCAUGGACCGGGGCCUCAUCCUGGAGCUGCAGGGCCAAGACAUCUACGCCGUCCGGCUGUGUCAGUGCAAGGUCUUCUGGACGGGGCCCUGCGCCGGCGAGCGGGCCGGCCCCAACCCCAUCGAGCGCGAGAGGAAGAUCAAACUCUUCAGCCUGGAGAACUUCCUCAACGGGCUCAUCCUGUUCCAGAAGGGCCAGACCAGCACGCCGCCCCCCUUCGAAAUCUUCCUCUGCUUCGGAGAGGAGUGGCCGGACCAGAAGCCGAAGGAGAAGAAACUUAUCACCGUCCAGGUCGUGCCAGUGGCCGCCCGGAUCCUGCUGGAGAUGUUCUCUGGGGAGCUCUCCUGGUCGGCAGACAGCAUCCGCCUCCAGAUCUCCCAUCCGGACCUGAAAGACAAGAUGGUGGAGCAGUUCAAGGAGCUGCAUCAGCUCUGGCAAAACCAGCAGGGCCCGCAGGCCCACCCGGCCUCGAACCUGGAGCCAGGCCCGGGCCCGUGGGCGAUGCAGGCCAGCAGCAUGCAGCAGUGAGGACGUGGGCACGUCGCGCACACUCACCCAUUUCCCCUCCCUCCUGACGGGCGCCCGGGGGAGCCUGGCCGUGCAUGCCAGCCCCGAGGAGGGGGAGACGAGGCAAACUGAUCUCUAUAGGGCGAUGCUCCGCUGGAUCUGUCGGCGCAGGCUGCCCGGCUCCGCUGCCCGCUCCACGCCAACCUCCCAGCUGUGGACCCCAAAGGGGCAGGGGGGAGAGGGCCCUUCCUGCAGGGAUGGAUGGAGGCCGGCCCACACCACCACCUGCUGGGAAUACACUAGGCUGCGGGCCAGGCCCCAUCUUGCCAGAGCACUGCAGGGACAGGCAAGGCCUGCGAUGGAGGAAAGAGACUGUUAGACUCACCGCCCUGGGCACUUACGAGAACUGUCUGGUGGUGGGCAGCACGUGCUGGGGCCUGCUGAAAGGACAGGCCCGGCCGUCAGGCCCGAUCCAGCCCGCGGGCGUGAAGGAGCCCCAGGCGACGCUGCAGUCACAGUAUCCGGGAGCUGGCGUCACGGCCCCGGGAACUGGC